CUAUCGUCAGUUGCCGUUCUGCCCUCCGGCAGUUAGCCUCUCUGGUCCUCCUCCAGCACUAGUAUUUAACAAGCACUGGCCUGCAGCCAACGGCAUGCAUCUCAUCUCAUCGCACAAGUCCAGAACACGGUUAUUGAUCUCCAUUGCCAGUCCACAUCAACGGUCGUCGUCAUGAAAAUGAACAUGUCCCUGGUUCUGCGCGUAGCCUUCUCGGCGUGCCUGGCUUCCCUCGCCGCCGCGGGCUGGUCUCCCGGCACCGCCACAUUCUACGGCGGAGCCGACGGCUCCGGCACCAUGGGCGGCGCGUGCGGGUACGACAACCUGUACAACGCCGGGUACGGCGUGAACAACGCGGCACUGAGCGCGACGCUGUUCAACGACGGCGCGUCGUGCGGGCAGUGCUACCUCAUCGCCUGCGACACGUCACGUCCGGGCGGCCAGUCCUGCAAGCCCGGCAGCUCCAUCACGGUGUCUGCCACCAACCUGUGCCCGGCCAACUACGCGCUGCCCAACGGCGGGUGGUGCGGGCCGGGGCGGCCCCACUUCGACAUGUCGCAGCCGGCGUGGGAGCACAUCGGCAUCUACGGGGCCGGCGUCAUCCCGGUGCUGUACCAGCAGGUCAAGUGCUCGCGCACCGGCGGCGUGCGCUUCAGCCUCGCCGGCUCGCAGUACUUCCUGCUCGUCAACGUCCAGAACCUCGGAGGCAGUGGCUCCGUGGGGGCCGCCUGGGUGAAGGGCGACAGAACGAACUGGAUCCAGAUGUCCAGGAACUGGGGCGCCAACUGGCAAGCGCUCGCCGGGCUCGUCGGCCAGGGGCUGAGCUUCGCCGUCACCACCACCGGCGGGCAGUACAUUCAGUUCUGGAACGUCGCGCCUGGGUGGUGGCAGUUCGGACAGACCUACACCACGACCCAGAAUUUCUACUACUGAAACCUGCAAGCAGCAGCGAGUGCUUGGAUCUUCCUGUCGCCACAGCCAAUUCUUGUGGUUCGGUCAAAUGAAAUGCCAAGGCUGGGAGGUCCUCACCUCAUCAAGGCCUGCUGUUAAUUUAUUUCAACGUGUUGUACAUAUAUUUGUUCAACUUUAGAUAUUUCUUUCAAAGUUGUAGGUAUGUACGACACACACUAUAUAUAUACAUGUAUAUGAUUUCUGAGAACAUGCAUUUACACAUGAUGUUCCAUUCA